AUGACACUCACUGCAUAUCUGAGCCUUUUAUCUCUUGGGAGCAGCAUCCAAUUACGGUCCAACGAUGACGAAGACGAACAAGAAGAGCAGAUCGCCCGAUUGCAACGACGUGAGAAAGAAAUGCUACAGGCACAACAUAGUGUAAUCACCGCAAUCAGUCAACACAGCGCGUCAAGUGACAUGCGAGAGUUUACGGAGAACCUGGCAGGCGGAGUGCUCACAGUGAGUAGCAUGGUGAGCAAUUACACACUAUGCUUUCCAGUGGUGGUGGCGCGUCAUCGUCUACAAGCAUUUCCUGCUCGUCGUGCAUGGCGUAGAGAUACUCCUGUAUACUUCGCACGUCGGUUUUGGGGCACCUAUCAACGACAAGGACUUGGCCGCUUGUAUACAGGCUUUGGAUUGGGAUUACUGGCACAGGCCAUCACUACCAUAUAUGAUGCGAUGCUCAGUGGUCUCAUUGGUCUACUCUCUCAAGAUCCUGAUAUCUCUUGGACACGACAAUUGUUCUUAACUGCAGCCAAUACAUGUCUCGGCUGGGGUGUACAUAUACCUCUUUAUCCGCUUUAUCGCAAUGCUCUUAUCGUGCGAGUACAACUAGCUGGAACACACCAACCUAUCAAAGGAAUCAAAGACUUUGCACUCUCUUACAAGCACGAUCUCAAACGAUUCUUGUCACCACUAAGCGGGCCAUUACCACUCAUAUCCGUUUUCCUUCCUUCAUGUUUACUACACGUGGUGACAGAGAAGCUCCUCCUCUUUUUAUACAAACGCAUUUUACCUAUUGCAACAUCAUCUCCCAACCAUCAUCGUCACAAGUCAUCAACACGCUCAUCCAACAGGACACAUCAACGAGCAGCACGAUCACGACGACAAGCAGCUAUCAUAGAAACUGAUUCUGGUACACGUAUUGCCACUACAGGCGGAUCCAAUUUUAUGGUUGUACCUGAACCUGGAUCAGAAAUGGAACGACAACUCUUGACACGACAACAACAACAACAGCAACAUCGCCAUCACAACCAAGCUGAAAUGACAGUGCUACGAACGUUUUAUCCCGAAGUUGUAUGUGGUAUUGUGAGCAGUUUGAUCGUACGGAUUGUGAGUUACCCUCUGGAUACGGUGCUUUUUCGGCUCAUGCUACAAGACUCGGGCAUUCAACCCAAUCAAACACACUAUACCGGUUUCUUCAGUUGUGUAAGGCACAUAUGGUAUAAUGAAGGUGGAUGGCGUGCGUUCUUUCCAGGUUGGGGUGGCGGUGUGAUGGAAAUCGUGAUGAGUUAUCUCGUACUUGAAGGAUCAUGGCUCGCGUAUCGUUUCGUUGAUUGGAAGAUUCAAGGCUAUCCCGAAUAUGAACCACGCAGCGUAAGAAAAGUACGCGAUAUACGUGAGCGUAUGGGUCUCCCUGUUUAG